AAAAUGAAACUAUACUAUACCUACUCAAAUAGCGGCAGUCCUUAAAAUCGAAAUGGUUAUUUAGAUUGCUAUUUGCUAACAUUUUUAAAUUUUUAAAAUUUGUUAUUAUUUAAUGAAUAAUAAUUAAAAUUAAUGUAUAUUAAACUUAUGUACCUAAACAACUAAACCAAACUUAUUGUAUUAUAAAGUUUGUCAGUUCAAGUGCGUGUUAUUAUUAUUGACUGUGUAAUUAUUAAUAGUAUUAUAAUACAUGUUUCAAACCUAUCCAUUAUUUUAAAUCCUGUGCAAUUGUUCGUGAUUGAGUGAGUUUGAUACGUAAUAUCUACGAUACUGAACAACGAAAUCUCAUCUGCCUAAUCCAGUAUUGUUUAAAAUGUCUACCGAUAACACUAAUUUAGAGGAGAUGGUUGAGAAAACACUAGAAUCCACUGGUCUCUUGUCUAAAAUGAGAGCCGAACUUCGAGCAAAUGUUUUUCAUGUUCUUGAAAAAGGUUCUUCAUUUCAGAAUAAACUGUAUACAGACAAAAUUAAAGACUUUGUUUCUAGUAAUAACGGAUCAUUAUUGUUAUCAUUAGUUAAAGAUUUGUUUGAGUACCUAGAACUAACAUUUACAACAUCAGUAUUUGAUUCAGAAACUGGGGCUGCUCAUCAAUAUCAAUACAAAGAUAAAGAUGAUAUUUUUGAAGAACUUUCUCUUUCAAAGGAUGAUAAAAGGCCUUUAUUGUUACAAAUUCUUGAAACUUACCAGUCACAAUCUAAAUCAACCAAUGAAGUCAUUAAGCUUGAUACAACACAACAUAAUGGCAUAUCACAUGAAGGAUCUUCAUUAGCUCAAAUAUUAAAAAAUAAUGCAGAAAUAAUACAACCAACACUUGACGAUAAUAAAAUAAUAAGUUUAUCUCCUAUUAAAACAAAAUUAAUUACAUUAGAUGCAGAUUAUGACAGUCCAGCGGGAUCAUUAUCACCAUUAAAUCAUAAUUUAUCAGAAAACAUACAGUUAAAAGAUAUUGAAAGCUCUGAGAGUUUAAAUAGUUUAAACAUAGAACAGUUAUCACCUAUUAAAAGGCCAUGUACUAUUGAUCCAAAUGAAAACACAGAUGAAGAUAUUAAGUCUGAUUUAAAAAGUAAUAAAAACGAAUCUAGCUUGGAAGAUAUUGAAACUGAUGAAAAUCUUUCAUGUGGAAAUGACAGUUUACCGAGCACUGAUUUAUCUACUCAGAAUGGUAGUCCCGAAAACGUGAUAAGGACUCACAACAUACAUCUUUAAAUAUUUCUUUGUAAAAUAACAAGAUUUUCGAUUUCUGAUGUUUAUUUUUUAUUUUUAUACAAUCAAAUUAUUUGUAGUAUUUAAAAAUUAAUUACAAAUAUAAAUAAACAAUUAACAGUUUAAACGACAGAAAACUAUAGCUACAAGUAACACUCAUUUAAUAAUUUGUUGUUCCAGUUUAAUGCAUAUUUUGGGAUUCAGCCAUAAGUCGUUCACCAAAAGACUUGGAAACUAAACUCACUGUUUCCAUAUAACGAUCCAUACACAUUGAAACACAUUUCUAAAAAACAUUUUUAAAAUUGCACAUUAUAAAUGUAAGUGUAAUAUAUUAUUAUAUUAAUAUAAUAUUUACUUGUUCAGUACUA